AUGGUGGACUAUAUUGCUGAUUAUCUAGAAAAUAUAAGGGAUAGACGAGUUUUUCCCGACGUUAAGCCUGGGUACAUGAAAAACCUUCUACCAGAUUCGGCACCGAUUGAAGGCGAAGAGUGGCAGAAUAUAUUCGACGAUGUGGAGAGGGUAAUAAUGCCCGGCAUUACCCACUGGCAGAGUCCGCACAUGCACGCCUACUUUCCCGCCCUGAACUCGUUUCCAUCAUUGCUGGGAGAUAUGCUUGCAGAUGCCAUCAAUUGCUUGGGCUUCACUUGGGCCAGUUCGCCAGCCUGCACCGAAUUGGAAAUAAUCGUUAUGAACUGGCUAGGAAAAAUGAUAGGACUGCCCGAUGAAUUUCUCAAUUUGAAUAGUUCCAGUCGUGGCGGAGGUGUUGUUCAGACCACAGCCAGUGAGGCCACAUUGGUGUGUCUGUUGGCAGGCAGAACAAGGGCAAUUCAACGCUUCCAUGAAAAAUGCCCCGGCUAUCAGGACGCUGAAAUAAAUGCUCGAUUGGUGGCAUACUGCUCGGAUCAAGCACACUCCAGCGUGGAAAAGGCUGCACUGAUAGGACUCGUUCGAAUGCGUUAUAUCGAGGCCGACCAGAAUCUCUCUAUGCAGGGACAACCGCUUCGGGAUGCCAUUGAAGAUGAUAUACGCCAAGGACUGGUUCCAUUUUGGGUUUGCGCUACACUGGGCACAACUGGUGCAUGUUCAUUUGACAACUUGGAAGAUAUUGGAGCUGUGUGUCGAGAGUAUAAUUUAUGGCUGCACGUGGAUGCCGCAUAUGCCGGCAGUGCUUUCAUUUGUCCCGAGUUUCGCACAUGGCUCAAGGGCAUAGAACGGGCCGACUCGAUUGCUUUUAACCCAUCCAAGUGGUUGAUGAUACACUUCGAUGCCACCGCCUUGUGGGUUAAGGACAGUGCAGCCGUACAUCGCACGUUCAAUGUGGAGCCUCUUUAUUUGCAGCACGAAAACUCGGGAGUAGCUGUGGACUUCAUGCACUGGCAAAUACCUCUUAGCCGUCGUUUUCGCUCCUUGAAAAUGUGGUUUGUCUUGAGGUCUUACGGCAUCAAGGGUCUGCAACGACAUAUACGCGAGGGUGUCCGAUUGGCGCAAAAAUUUGAGGCACUGGUUGCGGCGGAUCACCGUUUCGAGAUUCCAGCCAAAAGACAUCUGGGUCUUGUAGUCUUCCGCAUAAAGGGUGACAACGAAAUCACAGAGCGUUUGCUGAAACGUCUAAAUCAUCGGGGCAACAUUCACUGCAUUCCAUCAUCGCUGAAGGGAAAGUAUGUUAUUCGGUUCACAGUUACGUCGACGCGCACCACCGUAGAUGACAUCCUAAGGGACUGGACGGAGAUCAAGAAUGCUGCCACUGAAAUUUUAUGUGAAAUGAACAUCACUAUUUCGAAUAGGGUAUAUCUUAAAGACAUCAAGGAGAAAUCGGACGGAUUCGGAAGUAGCUUGCUUCUUUCAAAUUCUCCACUAUCACCUAAGAUUGUCAACGGUUCCUUUGCGGCAAUAUUUGACGAUGAUUUCCUCGCAAAGACUUACGCUGGCGUUCGAAUUGCGCAUCAAGAAUCGCCAUCAAUGCGUCGACGAGUACGUGGCAUAAUGAUGUCGGGCAAACAGUUCUCCCUUGACUCGCAUAUGGAUGUUGUGGUACAGACAUCCAUGGACUCGAAGACAACAAACAGUAAGGGCGUCGACAGUUAUGGCAAGACCACCCCAACAGCGAGACAUGUCAAUGAACGGGACUCUAUACGCGAAGAUGAGGAGUCCCAGGAAGGUAUGAAACCCAGAUUGUGAAAUGAAUUGGUGGGAGGAAUCAACUUCCACGCCCCAGAUGCAACCUGUGCGAAGUCGACAAAACAGAUUAGCAGUCGCCACCACUCAUCGCCAAAGUGAUUUAAGCGUAG